UGUUGGAUGUGCUUUGAUCUGCCCCACAGCAACUGAGCUGGGACUGGAGGAAGAAAUUAGCUCGCCUCACCCCUUGCAAUUUAUGUAUCCCUCCCAGCCACAAAAACGCCACCUUGAGUUAUCUGGGAGGAACACAUGACUAACAAACACCACAACAACUGCACAUGAUUUAUUGCACUGAAAAAGUGGCGGCCUGGCAACCCGCCCCCUCAGCACUAGAAUCCGCUCCCCAUCUUUGCUGGCUGUACACAGCAAUAGCCAUAACUAUGGCAAUAAUUACAACUUUUGCGCGCCCUUUGCUCUUUGAACAAUGAGAGGACUCCCUCCCCUAUCUCAUUCUGCAGGGGCUGCCCGCAGCUGUCUGAGGCCGGACGAGGAGGAGAAGGGCUACUUUUUUAGAGGCUGUGGGGCUUCCCUCAAUGAUUAUCUCCCCGAGUAAAAACACAACAAACCCGCGGAGCAGCCCCUCCCUCCUCCCACUCGAGCCUGGGACCAGCUGGCUGCCUGGCGGGCUGCCUUCCUUUAGCCUAUCCAAGCUCAACCCUUUUUCCUUCUCCCUCUCUUGCCCCCCCCUUAAACUGCCGCUUCCAGUUCUGUGUCCUGGUGAUCCAAGUCUUUCAUUUACAAUUGCACACGCUUCUUGACAAGCAGCUUCGGUCUCCAGAGGCGGUUCUCUCUGCCUCCUUUCUCCCCUCCCGCCUUUGGUCUUCCAUUACUUCAGCAUCAGAGAGCCGCGUUGUUUUCCCUCUGUACAACGGGUCACUAUGAUCCUCCUGUGUCUCUUCACCGUGCAAGUUUUGCAGUUAGCUGGAGCUGUUGAACUUUUUGCUGGCUCUUGCGCCUUUGAAGACAGCACUUGCGGCUAUGAAUCAGACCUCACAUCCCUGCCGUGGAUUUUGAAUGAGGAAGGUCAUUACAUUUCUGUGGAUACCUCACAGGGAACAAAUGGUGACACAGCUGUACUGCUCGGUCCUGACCUCUAUACAGAAGAGUGGAGCUGUAUUAGACUUAUAUAUCAAAUUGCAACAUCUUCAGAGUUACCAGUAGAUCCUACAGCCUUAAACCUGUAUCUAAGGGUGGAAAGUGAAAGUUUUGACAAUUUGCUAUGGACAACAACUGAGCGCUCAGAGAGCUGGCUCAUAGCCAGUCUAGAUAUAAGAAACAGUAUAGACAAGUACAAAAUUGUGCUAGAAGGUGUAUUGGGAAGAGAUAUUUUUGCCAGCAUAGCCAUUUUUGAAAUUAAAAUAAGUACUGGCUACUGUAUAGAAUGUAAUUUUGAAGAAAAUCAUCUGUGUGGUUUUAUGAACCGCUGGAACCCCAAUGUGAACUGGUUUGUCGGCGGAGGAAAUAUUGGAAAUUCACAAUCCAUCCUUCCGAGAGAUCACACUCUUAAUGAUGAAUUUGGUCACUACAUGUAUGUGGACUCUCUUUAUGUCAAGCAUUUCCAGGAAGUAGCUCAGCUGGUCUCGCCGAGGACAACAACUCCUAUGUCAGGCUGUUUGUCCUUUUAUUACCAACUGCAGCAGGAAAGUGGCAUUGUGUUCACCAUCUACAUUCGAGACAUAAAUGGCUUCUAUGAAGAACUUUGGAAAGCAGACAGUGCUAUGAGUGUUGAUUGGGUCUCAGAAGAAGUUGACUUCAGUGCACCAUAUCCAAUGGAGGUUAUUUUUGAAGUUGCCUUCAACAGUGCCAAAGGGGGAUAUAUUGCUCUUGAUGACAUUUCUUUCUCUCCGGUUUUCUGUAGCAAUCAGACAGAAAUUUCCUUCAAUCCUGCACAGGCAAGUUGCAGUUUUGAGCAGGAUCUGUGUAAUUUCUAUCAGGACCACAAGGAUGGCCCUGGCUGGAGCAGGGUCAAAGUAAAGCCAAAUGCAUAUAGGCCAGGAGACCAUACUACUGGCACAGGUUACUACUUGCUGGCGAACACAAAGUUUACAUCACAGCCUGGGUACAUUGGCCGUUUAUACAGCCCAACUGUGCCAGGAAAUUUACAGUAUUGUCUACGUUUUUAUUAUGCCUUAUAUGGCUUUUUCAAAACGACUGAUGCCCUGGCUGUUUACAUCUUUGAAGAGAAUCAUGUGGUCCAAGAGAAAAUCUGGUCUGUCUUAGAAACUCCCAGAGGAGUCUGGACUCAAGCUGAAAUCACCUUCAAAAAGCCCAUGCCUUGCAAGGUGGUGUUUGUGAGCUGGUGUAGAAGCUUUUGGGAUUGUGGACUAGUGGCGCUAGAUGAUGUGUCUGUGAGUUUAGGAAGCUGUCAAGCUGCUGGUAUAUUGCCUGCUUUUCCUGGACAAUGUACUUUUGAACAAAAUGAGUGUGGAUUUACUCAGCAAAAGAGAAACCGCAGUGGUUGGCAUAGGAGAAGAGGUCAGACUCCUACAUCUUACACUGGACCAAAAGGAGACCACACUUCUGGGGUAGGAUAUUACAUGUACAUAGAGGCAUCUAACAUGAUCUAUGGACAGAAAGCACGGCUUGUUUCAAGGUUAUUACGACGGACCUUUGGAUAUCAGUGCCUUAUGUUUUUUUAUCACAUGUAUGGAGCUGGAACAGGACUAUUGAAUGUUUAUAUGAAAAAGCAUGGGCAUAAGGAUGAGACCCUCCUCUGGAGAAGGCGCGGUGAACAAAGCAUCACAUGGUUAAGAGGUCUAAUAGAAUAUACAUGUGAUAAAUCUCAUCAGAUUAUAUUUGAAGCUGUUCGUGGAAUGUCAAUAAGAAGUGACAUUGCUAUAGAUGACAUCUUGUUUCAGACAGGGCCUUGUAAAGAAAUGGGAGAAACCACACUACAAUCUUCUGGUUAUUCUGCUGAUUUUAAUGAAGUUGAAUAUUGAGCUCUGCAGAAGCGAAUAAAAGAUCAUCUUACUCUUUUACAAUCGGAACUGCACAGCCCCCUCCCACCUCUCAGUUGUAGAGUACUGGACUGUUUUGUUACAAUCAUGGAGGUAUGGGAAGAAUUUGGCACUUAGUCUUGGCCUUGCUAAUAAAAUGACUGACUCAGGGUUUCCCUCACUUUGUUUUUUAUUGUAUUUUAUUUUGCAUGUGACAUCAGUUAAUAUAAAGAGCUAUUCAUUUUGCACAGAGUGUGUGUUUAGUAAAUAUUUUUGGGCACAUAAUUACAGAAAGCAAAACGGACAAAAUCUAUCAUUGUGUCAACUAAAUCUGCAUUCAGUGAAUGUUUUGUCUUGGGCAAAUAAUGGAUUUAGUUUCAGAAUUUUGAAAUAAUGGAGAAAAUAUUGAACAGUAGUAUAGGCUUACUGAAAUUGUUUCAAUUAUUGUUUUCAGGAAAACCAAUCUCUUCAGGAACCUCUCCUUUAUAAAAACAUUGAGUAUCCUAUAUAAAUGAUUAUUUUCCUAUUCCUUGCCAAGCAAGAAUUAUAAUGAAUCCUUUUGUCAUCCCUGCAACUAACAGAGGAACCUUGCCAAAUUUCUGCUAAAAUGUUAAUUACAAUACAUCAACAAUGACCUAUAUAUAUUUAACAGAAGUGGUUUGAUAGACUUGUACAGAAUGAUCUCUAUAUCAUAGUCACAAAUAAUUUGUAUUCCUGUCAGGAACAGACGCUACAUGUUUAAUUGUUGAAUAUGUUAUAGAUAUGUAUGGGGUGUGUGUGUAUUAACAUACAUCACACACGUUUCCAUAAUUU